UGUCGGCCUUUCCCAUUUUCGCUGUGGUGGUGAAGGUGCAACAUUUUUCGGUCGUCCCAAAUCCGGGUUCAUCCGACAUCCUCACCAAUUCAACUCGAGCUGAGCUCAACUUUAGCUGAUACACCAUGCCUCCUAAAUUCGACCCCACCGAGAUUAAAAUUGUGUACAUGAGAUGCACAGGUGGAGAGGUUGGUGCCACUUCCUCGCUGGCCCCCAAAAUCGGACCUUUGGGUCUUUCCCCUAAAAAGGUGGGUGAUGACAUUGCAAAGGCCACCGGUGACUGGAAGGGCCUGCGAAUCACUGUGAAGCUGACCAUCCAGAACAGACAAGCAGCGAUUGAGGUGGUGCCAUCAGCCUCUGCCCUCAUCAUCAAGGCACUGAAGGAACCUCCUCGUGACAGGAAGAAGGUCAAGAACAUUAAGCACUCUGGAAGUGUUACUUUUGAUGAGAUCAUCAAUGUUGCCCGUGUCAUGAGGCCACGAUCUAUUGCCAGGGAACUUAGUGGUACCAUUAAAGAGAUUCUAGGCACAGCUCAGUCUGUGGGCUGCACCAUUGAUGGUCGCCCUCCCCAUGAUGUUAUUGAUGACAUCAACAGUGGCAAAAUUGAAUGCCCAGCUGAGUAAGGAUUCAAGACACAAUAAAACCGUUAAAAUGA